CUCCGCUGCGGGUUUUGCGCACAGGGACGCGGCGACAGCGGAGGAAUCCAUAGCAACGGCGGAUAAACAUGAGUUACUACAGCAGACCGUCGAGUUCGUCCAGUUUCACGUCCAGCUUCACGUCCACCGCCAUGACCAGCACACUGGAGGACGACAGUCUGAACCUCCGACAACAGAAACUGGAGAAACAAAGGGUGCUGUUGGAGCAGAAACAGCGGCGGAAGCGCCAAGAGCCGCUCAUGGUGCAGCCCAACUCUGAGGGACGCCCGCGGCGCUCACGACCCCGUCGCAGUGAAGAACAAGCGCCACUUGUCGAGCCUCACAUCAACACGGCCAGUGACAUCAUCUUAGACGGCAUCGAUGGGCCGGCAGCGCUGUUGGGUUCUGUUGCUCCUGAUCUGGGCAGUAAGGUUCAAGUUCUGUCUGUCAAUCAAGCACUACAGCCCUCCCCCUCGACCGCUGAAGAACCAGAGACUGACGCUGAUACAGACACACUGUUGGAACCCAAAACAGACAUACACACACUGCUGCAGAGAUGCGGACUCUCAGGCAGCAUGAACUAUGAUGAAGCCAGUGAGGAUGAUGAUGAUGAUGAUGAUGAUGAUGAAGUUGAAGACAAAAGCCGCUCUUUCUCACCAAACACAGAAAGCACACGGCCGGCGUCUGCCUCCAGUAAUAAAUCGACCACGGAGGUUGUUCCGGUGAGUUCUCCAUCGGCUGAAGGCUCCUCUGUCGAGGUGGAUAAUCUGGAGGAGUUUGUGCUGCGUCCGGCUCCGCGCGGGGUCACGGUGAAAUGCCGCAUCACGCGGGAUAAGAAGGGCAUGGACCGCGGCCUCUACCCCACAUACUUCAUGCACCUCGAGAGAGAAGACGGCAAGAAGGUGUUUUUACUAGCUGGACGGAAGAGGAAAAAGAGCAAAACAUCAAACUAUCUGAUCUCAGUAGACGCCACAGAUCUGUCCCGAGAGGGCGAGAGCUUCAUUGGUAAACUGAGGUCUAAUCUGAUGGGCACUAAAUUUACCGUCUAUGAUAACGGCACAAACCCGUGUAAAACUCCCGGAGCUCUACUGGAGGAAAUCAACACACGACAAGAGCUCGCCGCUAUCUGCUACGAGACUAAUGUUUUGGGUUUUAAAGGGCCGCGGAAGAUGACUGUGAUUAUUCCUGGCAUGAAUAUGAAUUUCGAACGGGUUCCAGUUCGGCCCGCUUGUGAGCAGGAGUCUCUGUUGAGUAAAUGGCAGAAUCAUUCGCUGGAGAAUCUGAUUGAGCUGCAUAAUAAAGCGCCGGUGUGGAACGACGACACGCAGUCUUACGUGUUGAACUUUCACGGCAGAGUCACACAGGCCUCCGUCAAGAACUUUCAGAUCGUCCAUGACAACGACCCUGAUUACAUCGUGAUGCAGUUCGGCCGUGUGGCGGAGGACAUCUUUACUCUGGACUAUAACUACCCCAUGUGUGCCCUGCAGGCCUUUGCUAUCGGCCUGUCCAGCUUCGACAGCAAACUUGCUUGCGAAUGACCUGUGACCCUGUCUCAGCCCAACACACACGCACAAACACACACACGCACAAACACACACGCACAAACACACAUGCAUAAACACACACAAACACACAUGCAUAAACACACACAAACACACAUGCAUAAACACACACACACACACAAACACAUACACGCACAAACACACACACACACACAAACACACAUGCAUAAACACACACAAACACACAUGCAUAAACACACACAAACACACAUGCAUAAACACACACACACACAAACACACAUGCAUAAACACACACACACACAAACACACAUGCAUAAACACACACACACACACACACACAAACACACAUGCAUAAACACACACAAACACACAUGCAUAAACACACACAAACACACAUGCAUAAACACACACACACAAACACACAUGCAUAAACACACACACACACAAACACACAUGCAUAAACACACACACACACAAACACACAUGCAUAAACACACACACAAACACACAUGCAUAAACACACACACACACACAAACACACAUGCAUACACACACACACACACAAACACACAUGCAUAAACACACACACACAAACACACAUGCAUAAACAUACACACACACAAACACACAUGCAUAAACAUACACACACACAAACACACAUGCAUAAACACACACACAAAUACACACAAACACACACACACAAACACACAUGCAUAAACACACACACACAAACACACACACGCAUAAACACACACACACACACACGCAUAAACACACACACACAAACACACACGCAUAAACACACACACACACACAAACACACAUGCAUAAACCCACACAAAUACACACACACAAACACACAUGCAUAAACACACACACAAAUACACACACACACACAUGCAUAAACACACACACACAUAAACACAUGCAUAAACACGCACAAACAAACACAAACAAACACACACUCACACACACAAACACAUACACAUGCAUAAACACACAAACAAACACACACAAACAAACAAACACACACAUAUACACACACGCGCACACACACAAACACGCAUAAACACACACACUCAAACAAACACACAUGCACACACACACGCACACACAUACACACACACACACGCAUAAACACACACAAACAAACAAACAAACACACACAUACACACACACACACACAAACACGCAUAAACACACAAACA